AAAGCUACCUCAUUCUUAAGCCAUUGGUUGUUGGAGGCCAGUUCCUCUAAGUUAGUGCUAGUUGCAGUUAGUGAGCGAAGAGGAGGUAGCUCUACAGUAAAGUCUUUAUAUUCUUCGGAGGAACGGAGCUCUUUCAGGUAAGAGCAGAGAAUAGCUUUCCCGUCCUUCUCUCUGAUAGCUUUAGCCAUGACGAUGCCGAAUGAAGACAAAGAAGAAUAAAGAAAAGGAGAGUGGCUUUGUAUCUGAAGUUGAGGGCAAUUUUAUAGCUUCACUACUUGUGAGUUGUGAGAAAAGGUCACACUAUCACAUCCUCACCAUCAUGAUCAUCUCAUGUCCACGUGGUUAACUGCAGUUGAUCCAUGAUCUGAUCACAUGAUCUUAUGAUCACAAUCACAUGAUUCUUUCACCAGAUCAGCUCAUUUUAAGUCAAGGGUUACUUUGAAGGAGUGGUUAGUUUUAUCCACGUGCUUUGUCAUGGCUGAAUUAAGGCAAGCCCUAAGCUUUCUCCGACAGAAAAAGGCCACAGACACUGCAGGAACUUUACCAUCUCCUCCUGCUCCUAUUGAGAAAGACAAAAGUCCUGCCACCAGUCUCCAGACUCAUGAUGUUACUGAUGACCUUGAAGAUUAUGAUGAAAUUUUUAAAAAUUGUGACAUGUUUGAUUUCUCUCCAAUUAACAUCAAUGACAGGGUAGACGACACUCCACCCAUUCUUUCUCCUCCAACUCAUUCAAAGUCUCGGGCAGUCAGUCAAACUGAUUGGUCACUCUCCUCUCAACCUUUAUCUAAACGACCACUCCUUGAAACCACCUCACAGACUACAAAAACUAACUCAAUCACUAGACCUCUGACCGCACCUUCUCCUUCAAGAAUCAUUUCGACUCCUACCACAGCAUCUUUACCUAAACGUAUGACUACUCCUAGUAUCUCUCGUCUGAACACACCCACUGUAUCUCGAACUGGUGUACAGGCAACUCCUACACGAGUUGUUAGAAAGUUUCCAGGACCAGCUGGUUGCCUUCCUCCAUUGGACACUGUCAAAAGACUAGAUGACACAUCAACUGUCUCUGUUGUAUCAUCUGGAGGCACUCCAGCCUCUACUCCUCUUCGUAAAAGUCAUGUCAGUGUUAUUUAUGAUUAUUCUGACCAUCAGUUUGAUGACUUUAAUCAAUCUAGUGGGCCAUGGGCUAGAAUGAGAUCUGAAUUGGAUGUGGAUGAUCCUCUUACUUCUGCUAUUCUCAAUGCUAACAUUGCUAGCAUUAUUAGACAAGCUUCCAAGAAAGAGCUACCAAAUGGUAAAGUACCACACUUGUGUGUUCUAGUGAAAAGCAUUGUUACAUCAACAAAAAGUGCCACAGCCCUGUUGCAGGAUCCCAGUGGGGAAAUGCAUGCUGCUAUUCACAUCUUAGUCAUGGAAGAGUAUAAGGAUGAGUUUGUUGAAGGAUCUGUGGCUAUAUUGAGACAGGUAUCAGUGUUCAGCCCAUCAUCUCGUAAGCAUUAUCUUAAUGUCACUCUGGAUAACAUUGUAAGAAUAUAUCCUCCUCAGCAAAGUACCAAUGCUUCCUCAACAAGUACAAGGAAUCUUAUUGUAAGUGCAUUAUUAUUAUUAGUUUAUUUGUUUGUGUGACUAGCAGGUUUUCCCACAAAGCAUGCUAAGCGAGCUAAAAAGCAUUAUACACAGUA